UCAGCACUUUUUUGACAAACACAACACAUCCGCUCACAUCGUUCAUUGCUUCUCCGGUGAUGUUCAUUUAGUCAUCACUCACCUGCUUUCUACUCGUUUAGAAAUAGAAUAAAUCCAUCCAGAUAUGAUCAACUUUGGAGUUUUCCUUCUCUUUCUAAUUGGUCGUACUGCAACACACCUGAAUAACCCAUCUGUGUUUGCUAAACCGGGAGAAACAAUUCAUUUACCUUGCGUUUACCAGAGCCAAAUAGCCAUGCACUUCUCAUGGUACAAGCACGAACCUGGACAGAAUCCCAGGCUCAUCUCCACCAUUUACAAGUAUGAUAAUAAGGCCAGGUUUUACCAUAAUUUCGAGAAUAAUUCACGCUUCUCUGUGAUGAAUGAAAACGGUGUGCAUCAUUUGGUGAUAAGAAACAUACAGAUCUCCGAUUCUGCAACAUACUACUGUGGAAGCGCUUAUUCCAACGUAAUGGAAUUCGUCGAAGGCACAGAGUUGAUAGUUGAAGGGUUAAAAAGCUACACUGUUGUAAAACCACACGCUUUCAUUGAAAAUCUUUCAAAAUCUGGAGAUUCAGUGAAUCUAGCAUGCACAGUUUUAAAUUAGAACUGUGUAGGAAACCACAGCGUGUACUGGCUCAUACAUGAAUCAGAAGAAUCUCAUCCAAGAGUUAUUAGGGCACAUGGAACGAGUGUUGAUCAGUGUGAUUGGAUGUCUGAAGGCGGGUUUACAGCACGUAGAUGCGUCUACAGCUUCUCUAAGAAGGAGCUCAGUCAGUCUGAUGCUGGGACUUACUACUGUGCUGUUGCUGCAUGUGGGGAGAUGCUGCUCGGGAACGGAACCAAACUGGACACUAUAGGUGCCGAUUCCGCAGAUCAGAUGAUGACUUUUGUUCUUCUUUCCAUUGUUAGAACAGUCCUUCUUUUAAUCACCAUUGCCACAGUUACUGUUUGGUACUGCAUGAAUUCAAAAAGAAUGUCGAAAGAGGGCUGUUCUCCGUCUGCCAUGGCUUUCUGAGAUCGAAGAUCCCGACCAGAGGGAAGACCAGGACCCAGUUGUUCAAAAAUAAUCUGAUCUGAUUUCGGCUAUUGGAUUGAAUCAAAUCUUGAAAAUGGGUUGGUCA